UAGAUAGAGAGAGAGGUCCAUCUUAAAAAUACAGAGUUGUAAUGGCCGUAAACCUCCAAUCAUGUGAUCAUGCAGAUGAUGACUACAUCGACAUGGAAGUCAGCUCAUACUCCAACUUCCUUUGUCAUUCUGUAGGCUCCCCUCCGCACACCAGAGAGUUCGAGUUCCAAAUGUCUUCCAGCUCUCAAGAAAGAGAGCCAACAACUUCCCCAGCUGACGAGCUUUUCUAUAAGGGAAAACUUCUUCCUCUUCACCUCCCCCCACGUUUGCAAAUGGUAGAAAAACUCCUGCAAAACUCCAGCCCUGCUUAUGAUACAAGAAAAGAUAUCUUUGAAGAAUUCUAUAGCACUCCAUUAACCACCACUGCCCCAACACCGACUUUUAGUACCCCAUUUGAAUCUUGCAACAUCUCUCCCUCGGAAUCUUGCCGGGUUAGUAGAGAGCUGAACCUAGAUGAGUAUAUCUCCGAGUAUUCAACUGAACUCGGUGGCUUUUAUAGCGAAACCCAAAGAAAGUCUUGGACCAAAAAGCUCAAGCAGUCUUCACUUGGCUUAAAGUUGAAGGCUUCCAGGGCUUACCUCAAGUCUUUGUUCAGUAAAUCUGGUUGCUCACAUGAGUCCUGUACAGCGGCUACAAAGAAUGCCAAUGAAGGAUCGGUUUCAAAAGCCAAGGAAUGUAUGAACACGUACAUGAAAGAGUCUAAGAAAAUCCCGUUUGGGCAAAUUCAGAAGGACAAAUGCUCAACGUCAACAAGUAUCAUGAAGAGCAUUGACGAAGACAAGACUGCCGAGAAUGGCUUUGGCCACCAUAGGAGAUCAUUCUCGGUGAUUAUCAAACGCCAUUCAGCAAAGAAGUCUUCACCCCCCUCAUCCUCAUCCAGCUCUUCUUCAUCUUCAAACUCAAACGAUUCAAAGGGAUUCCAUGAGUUGCAAUUUCUCAAGAGAUGUGGCAGCGCAAGUUCAGAUAUCGAGAUAUCAAUUCAAGGAGCAAUUGCUCAUUGCAAACAGUCUCAGCAGCUUUUCCACUCCAGAAAGACUGUAAGUGAAGUUGGGUUUUACUCAUUGUCAACUUCCAGGAUUGCAGUUCGUGAAGAUCAAGAUAGGCCAGACCUUUGCAGAGGUUGAGAGGGAGAGAGAGAGAGAGAGAGAGGAAAGACAAGGCAAAGUAGGAUGUUUAGUUUUAAUGAUCAUGUGUUCUUUUCUGUUUUUCCUCUUCUCCCUUUCAUAAUCUUGCUAAUACCCAUGAAUUGGUUCAAGGCUAGAACUGUGUAUGGCGUUUUAGAAUAUUCAGAACAGAGCAUCAUGUGGAAGUUUGUG